AUGAGAGCCAUAUUCGGAGCUAUGAAUAUUGGCGAACCUGGCGACGGCCGCACGCGAGUCCACACGGUCAAACAAGCCAAGCAGAUGGUCGACGUAUUCAAAAGCCACGGGCACACAGACAUCGACACCGCGCGGAUCUACGGAAACGGCUCGUCCGAGGCUUUCCUAGGCGAAAUGGACCUGGCGCCGUCUUCAUUCCUCAUCGACACAAAGCUAUUUCCCUCCGCCGCCAACCCUUCCGUCGCUCUCGCCACAGCAGGCUACCACCACACGCCCGCCGACCUCCGACGCGGGUUACUGGAGAGCCUCGCUGCACUGAAGGUACCCAAGGUACACGUCUGGUACCUACACAGCCCGGAUAGAACAGUUCCAUUUGAGGCGACGCUGCGCGAAGUCAACAAGCUCUACCAGGAAGGAUACUUCGAGAAGCUAGGGAUAAGCAACUACCAAGCGUGGGAGGUCGCGACACUGUGCGAGAUCUGCGAUCGGAAUGGCUGGGUGAAGCCCUCGGUCUGCCAGGGGAUCUACAAUGCGUUCCAUAGAGCAGUGGAGCCAGAACUCCUGCGGUGUCUCCGUCAUCAUGGGAUCUCGUUCUACUGCUUUAACCCGCUCGCUGCGGGGAUGUUGACGGGUCGUUAUUCGCGCGAUAGCCCGGAUGCUGUUGCGGCGGGCAGGUUUGAUCCUAGGUCUGAGCCGGGGGCUCUUAUGCGGAAGCGGUAUUAUCAUGAUGUAUACUUUGAUGCGCUUGAGCUGCUGCGGCCACUUGCAAAGAAGCACGGAGUGAGCGAGGUCGAGUGUGCGCUGAGGUGGUUAGCUCAUCACUCCGAAUUGAAGGAGGAGCUUGGGGAUGCGGUGGUUAUUGGAUCCAGUAGUGUUGAGCAGCUGGAUGAGAAUCUGAAGGCUCUGGCUGGCGGGCCACUUCCGGCGGAGAUUGUCGAUGCGUUGAAUAAAGGGUGGGAGAUUAUUCGUGGCAAUCAGCUCAUUUACUGGCAUUAG